UUUCCUCCUCCUCACCAUGUCGAAGCAAUCGUACAAAUUCUGCUGCUGUUUCCGGCGACGUUUCAAGCUCGGCGAGGUCGAACCUCCGGCAGAUAUCAAGGAACUCUUCAGUCGCUACUCGGAGAACGGCAUCAUGACGGCGGAGCAUUUGCAGCGGUUCAUGGCGGAGGUACAAGGAGACGAUGAAGUGACGACGGAGGAGGCGCAGGCCGCCGUGGAUUCUACGAUCAAAGAGCUGAAACACUUGCCGAUCUUUCAUCGGAGAGUUCUGAAUCUCGAUGCUUUCUUCCGGUAUCUCUUCGGUGACUGUAAUCCUCCUCUACCUUUUCCUUCUAAGGUGAUGCAUGAUAUGGAGGCUCCAUUGGCACAUUACUACAUAUACACAGGCCAUAAUUCAUAUCUAACUGGGAACCAAAUAAGCAGUGAUUGUAGCGAUGUGCCCAUCAUUGAAUCCCUUAAGAGAGGUGUUCGUGUUAUUGAACUUGAUAUGUGGCCUAAUUCCACCAAGGAUGAUAUCGAUAUCGUCCACGGAGGUACAUUGACGGCACCCGUCAAAUUGGACAAGUGCUUAGAAGCCAUUAGAACGUAUGCGUUUGUCGCAUCCGAAUAUCCCGUCAUCAUUACUCUCGAAGAUCACCUCACUCCUGCUCUUCAAGCCAAAGUUGCAAAGAUGGUCAUGGAAACAUAUGGAGAUGUUCUAUAUUGUUCGGAAUCAGACAGCCUGACAGAAUUUCCGUCCCCGGAAUUACUUAAGAAACGGAUUGUGGUCUCAACGAAACCACCUAAGGAGUUUCUCGACACGACCAAGAGCAUGAAAGAAAGCGAUGUGAAAACGAAGACCUCCGGAGAGGAUGCAUGGGGUGCAGAAAUAUCAACCCAUUUCAAGAAACAAAAAAGCGUAGAUGAGGUUGGAAAAAACAUAAAUUGGUUUGGAAAACAUGAUGUUUACGCUCAGGAUGAUCAAGAUUUUCAAUAUGAGGAAGAGACGGUAAAACAUAAUGUUGAGCCCGAGUAUAAGCAACUGAUCGCGAUUCACGCAAAGAAACUAAAAGGAGGAGUCAAAGACUGGCUACAUGACGAUCCCACAGCGGCUAAACGGAUUAGCCUGAGGGAAACACGACUAGAAAAAGCCAUUGAGAAUCAUGCAACGGAUGUAAUCAGGUUUACUCAAAGGAACUUGUUGAGGGUUUUUCCAAAAGGCUCACGAGUUGACUCAUCAAACUACAAUCCGUUAAUCGGUUGGACUCAUGGGGCUCAAAUGGUUGCAUUUAACAUGCAGGGCCAUGGGAGGUCUCUGUGGUUGAUGCAAGGAAUGUUCCGAGCCAACGGAGGCUGCGGGUAUGUGAAAAAACCCGAUUUUUUACUUAAAAACGGGCCUGACGGCAAGCUAUUCGAUCCUAAAUCUACACUUCCUGUUAAAAGGACUCUCAAGGUGAAAUUAUAUAUGGGAGAUGGGUGGCAUUUGGAUUUCAAAACAACACAUUUCGACAUUUAUUCACCACCAGAUUUCUAUGUCAAGAUUGGAAUUGCUGGAGUUGAAGCUGAUUCAGUGAUGAAAAAAACCAAGAUCAUACAAGACGCUUGGGCACCGAAAUGGGAAGAAGAAUUCGAGUUCCCGUUGACGGUUCCCGAGCUUGCAUUACUUCGACUUGAGGUCCACGAAUACGAUAUGACGGAGAAGGAUGAUUUCGGCGGACAAACUUGCCUUCCGGUAUCGGAAUUACGGACUGGGAUUCGAUGUGUACGGCUUCAUGAUCAAGUGGGUAAUAUAUAUAACUCGGUCAAACUGCUUUUGCGCUUUGAAUUUGUGUAAGUUGUGAUUAUGUUGGGUAUGCUUUUAUUAUGCGGUUUUGUGGAUGUUAUAUUUAUAUACAUAUAUGAAACAGAAAACACUUGUAUCUUCAAGGUCCAGGAUGAUGACAUCAUUGUUAUUUGUUAGAAUUAGUC